CAGCCCCAACGCCCCAAUGCAGUGUCAGUGAUUUUACAGAGAGCUACAACACCGAGCGGCGCGCGAGCGCGACCCGCUUCAUGGACUACAACAAACAACAACAACAACAACAACAACAACACGUGUGUUUGCGUGUUCUCUUAACGCGUGUUGGAGCGGUGUUUGGGAAUGUACCGGACUUGCUGUCGGGGAACAUCGCGGUCUGCCCCUGACUGCACGGUGCCGUUAGCUAGCGCUUAGCAUUAGCAUUAGCAUUAGCACCAGCGCUAGCGUUAACGUUAACGUUCUACUGGAGAUGCGUUGCUCCGCAGCUGAAUAAGUAAUAACACUUUCUCUCUUUCUCUAACACACACACACACACACACACACACACACACACACACACACACACACACACACACACACACACACAAACACACAAACUGUUGUGAUUUAACUGAUAUUCCACGCCACUCAGCGUUUUUAGGUGCGGUUGCAUGAUGCAGUGAUGCUAGGUAGCUAAAGCUAAAAGGGAUAAAGUGAAAGAGUGGUGUUUUAUUCCUGUGCAUUAGGAUGGAAAGUGACAUUUAAAGGACAGGACAGGACAGGACAGGACAGCUUGUGUCUGCAGUGCUUGUGCACGGUUAGUACACUGAGCUGAUGGACACACAAACAGAUUCUAGCUUCUUCUGCAUGAUGUUUGUGAGUCCAGAGCUGAGCUGAGUGUUGAUGAGGAUGUGACUUAUGGCAUCAUUGCUAGUGGCCGCUUUCGUGUUUACAUCUUUUUCUCAGUGCAGUUUGGGGACCAGAAUCUUCCAGUGAUGAGCUGAAUAAGGAUUUUUUUCCCUUUCUGAUACAGAGACAACAAUAAACAGAGCUAAAAUGGCUCUUUUCAAACACAAAACUGCUGUGACAUUGACUUUAAGUUUCAGAUUUGGACAAGGCGACCAGUUUCUGAGCUAUUUUGCACUCAAAUAGCUUAAAGGUGCAAUUGUUUGUUUAUUUUUUUUUUAAAUCCUGUUUUGUAUAAAUAACCUGGAAGACAUGUAGGACACGAUUAAAAACCUUUUAUUGUAUCGAGGUGCUGAGAAAACCCAAACUUGUGUACGCUCGGAUGCGUCUCCUGUCCAGAGUUUUAAAGAUAUCCUACAGGCCAAUGUAGAUAUUUAGUUUCGGAGCUUUGUGAACAUGGGGAAUUAUUCGAACGUCGGACCCACCUAGAACACCCUGGAGACUAAAUGAAAGACUAAUCUUUAUUCGAUGUCGAAACCAGGCUGGUGUUUGAUCAGCUGAGUUAACAUGGCAGCUAGCAGACAGCACUGAUAAGGGUUUUUUUUUCUUUUUCUUUUGUAAUUGUUUAAUAAUUGUGAAAUCGCUGCCAUGUCGAGCAAAGCUUCGAGCAAAGAGAAGAAGUCCGGGCUCGGGAAGAAGCUGUUCCGCCGUGGCUCGGUGCGAUCCGUGGGCAGUUUUAUGAGCAGAGUGCUCAAGACCCUGUCCACUUUGUCGCAUUUCGGAUCCGAGCUUCAGCCACCCGAAGGGGAAAAGGACGACGGAGGAUUCGCGGCGUUUAAAAACGACGGCAAGGGAUCGGUGGCCUCGGAUGACAGCGACUGCGGAGGCUUUCUCAGCCAGGACAAAGUGCCCGGAGUGUCCGGUCUGAAGAACCACGGCAACACGUGCUUCAUGAAUGCCAUUCUGCAGUGUCUGAGCAACACGGAGCUCUUUGCUGAGUAUUUAGCUCUUGAACAGUUUCGUGGACAAGCAGAGGAGGAGGAUAAGCCCAAGGCCAACGGUGUCCAUCCUCCAAGGAAAGAGAAAGGAGAAGUGACCGAGCAGUUGGCGGGUCUGGUCCGAGCUCUGUGGACCUUUGAAUACACUCCUCAGCAGAGCCGAGAGUUCAAGAACACUGUGGCGAAGCGAGCCAUGCAGUACAGAGGAAAUGCUCAGCAUGAUGCUCAGGAGUUCCUGCUCUGGCUCCUGGACCGUGUGCACGAAGACCUGAACAACACGGGACAUAACAGACCCUCUAUAAAGCCGCCCCUCGAGGAAGAUGAUGGAGCUCUGGAGGGACCUUCACCGCCGCUGUCGGCUGGCUCUUUUGUCCAGGAGCUGUUUCAGGCCCAGUACAGAUCUUCACUCACAUGCCCACACUGCCAGAAGCAGAGCAACACUUUUGAUCCUUUUCUUUGCAUCUCGCUUCCCAUCCCGUUACCUCACACUCGGCCCCUGUACGUGACGGUGGUAUAUCAGGGUAAGUACUCUCACUGCAUGAGGAUCGGCGUGGCCGUGCCACUCAACAGCACCGUCUCCAGGCUCAGAGAAGCUGUUUCACGUGAGACCAAGAUUCCUCCAGACCAGUUUGUCCUGACUGAAAUGUAUUACGACGGUUUCCACCGCUCCUUCUGCGACGACGACGACGAUCUUGACAUCAUUCAAGAAAGCGACUCCAUCUUCGCGUUCGAAACCCCAGAGACGUUUAAACUAGAAAGCCUUCGCUCCAAAAGAGGGAGCCUCCUCGCAAACCUUAAUCAGAACAAUCUGAAGUACGGCAGCGACGGCUCUCGCACCCCGUCCUUCAUGCAAGGGGCCGUGAAUCCGGCGUCGCCCAACAAGAACAGCGCUGACAAGAUGAUCCUGCUGAUCUGCAACAGAGCCUGCAUUGGUCACCAAGGACGGAGGUUCGGCCUGCCUUUCGUUCUGUACAUGGAGCGCACUGUAACCUGGGAUGUUCUUCAGAAGGCCAUUCUGGAGAAGAUGCAUCAUCUGCUAAGACAAGGCGUUUUCAUCCAGGUGGGGCCUUUCAGCAUGAGAGUGGUCGGUGUGGUGGGGAUCACGUACUUGUUACCACAGGAGGAAUUUCCCUUGUGUCACCCCACCGUGGAGAGGGCGUACAAGUCCUGUGGCGCAGGAGGCCCUCCUCACGUCAAGAUCGUAGUGGAGUGGGAUAAAGAGACCAAGGAUUAUUUGUUUGGCCACACGGAGGAAGAGUACAUCCCUGAUGCUGAGAGCGUGUACCAGCACCGUGAGCAGCACCACCAGCCCCAGGCUUGUACCCUCGCUCAGUGCUUCCAGCUCUACACCAAAGAAGAGCAGCUGGCACCGGAUGAUGCUUGGCGCUGUCCGCACUGCAAGCAGCUGCAGCAAGGCCGCAUCAAGCUCAGCCUCUGGACCCUGCCUGAUGUUCUCAUCCUGCACCUCAAGAGGUUCAGACAGGAGGGAGACAGGCGGGUGAAAAUGCAGAACAUGGUGCGCUUCCCGCUGCUUGGCAUGGACAUGGCACCGCACAUGGUGAAGAGGAGCCAGAGCAGUUGGAGCCUCCCUUCACACUGGUCGCCCUGGAGACGACCUUACGGUCUAGGCCGCAACCCGGACGACUACCUGUAUGACCUGUACGCCGUAUGCAAUCACCAUGGAAACAUGCACGGAGGGCACUACACAGCAUUUUGUAAGAACUCGGUCGAUGGCCAGUGGUACUGUUUUGAUGACAGCGAAGUCCAGCCCAUGGCUGACGAGGAAGUGUGCCAGCAGACAGCCUACAUUCUGUUUUACCAGAGAAGAGCAACUAUUCCUUCCUGGUCUGCUAACAGCUCUGUGGCUGGCUCCACCAGUUCCUCUCUGUGUGAGCACUGGAUUAACCGGAUUCCUGGCAGCAAGCCUCCUAGCCUGGCCUCGGGAGCCUCCUCACGGCGGACAUCGCUUGCUUCCCUGGCCGAGUCCAUGGAGUUCCCUGGAGAUCGCAGCGAAGACGACGGAGGAUUCUCCACCCGACCCUUUGUGAGAAGCAUUCAACGUCAGAGCUUAUCUUCCAGAUCCUCCAUAGCUAGCCCGCUGACUUUAAGCGAGAACGGGAUAAAGCCCUCCUGGUCGCUUUCGGCCAAGCUCCAGAUGAGAUCCAACUCGCCCUCACGCUUCUCUUUAGACUCGCGCUCCUCGCCGCCGCUGGAGAGGAUCGGAGAGGCCUGCGACGACAAGGUGUCUACGUCAUGCUUCGGCAGCUAUAGCAGGCACGAGCGCCAAACCGGCAGCAAAGCCCCACUUGCCAUGAUGGAAGGAAAUAGCAGCGAUGAUGGCAGCGGUAAAAGGAACACCGAGGAGGUCUACUCCAGGGCUCCCUCAGUGGCUGACAAAAAGAGCUCUAAAGGUGAACCACUGGACAACAACAACCAGAUCACUGCUGUGGACCAGAACUUGCAUGGGACUCCUACCAAGGAGCCAAAGCACAAGAGCUCAGGAGGCUCUGUGUCAAAGGCAGAGGUGUCCGGGGCCAAAAAGUCCUCAACCAAGACCAAGGGGGAUCAAGAGAAGCCAUCUAAGAAACGACAGAGCACUUCAUCUGCCCAAAAGUCUCCUUCUUCCCAAGUGUCUUCCAGCUCUCAAGGGAAAGGUGCCAAAGUGACCAAUCUAAAAGAGAAGAGCGAUUCUGCCAAGGCCAGAAGCGUCUCUUCUGGAACCCCGACAAAGAAGAAAGAGUCUUCCCAACCCCAGGAGGCAGCACAGACAUCUGCAGCCACAAAAACAAAGCAGCGUCCGACCCCCACCCCUCAGUCCUCCGCUUCCCCCUCACCCACUGCCAAGAAGAGCUCUUCAGGGGUGGAGAGGAGCACCAGCUUGUCAUCGAGCAGAAAGAAACUGGCCGAGAGGACCUCUAGCCGGGAUUCUUCUUAUGCCAGCCCCCUGACAGACAGACCCCGGGUGGCGCUAAAGGGUGCAGAAGGAAACCGGCCCGAUAGGAGGGCAGUCAGGAGCUCGAGCAGCAGCUCGUCUCUCACCAGCCUGCGAUCACCUAGCAUCUCGUCCAGAGAUCUGCGACGGGCCAGCAAGUCUGAGGACAAAGGGCUCUCUUUUUUUAAGAGCGCUCUGAGGCAAAAGGAGACACGCCGCUCGGCCGACCUGGGCAAGAGCGCAAUUCUCACGAAGAAGGUCGGUGAGAGGACAGCUCGGUCCAGCAGCCAGACCAAGCUCAGCACAGAGGACGGUGAGGGUGAGGGAAAUUCGUCUCCUGCUUCACUCUCCAGCAAGGCUGCCAGCGAAGACAAGGAGACGCCCAAACCCUCCACCCCUCUUAAGCGCUCACUGUUACCUGUAGGCAAGUCCAAGUCUUCCAGUUCUGACACCAUUCUCCAGUCCCCCGUCAAUGGGAAGAGGCCUCUUGAAAAGUCCGCCUCAUCCCGAAAGCUUUCCUGCAGCAUGCAAUCCGGGCAACAAAGACGCCUCAAUAAUAUAUGAAAGAUAGUAGUUUUGUUAUUUUCUGCAAUGCAGCUAUUUUUGAUGUGCCUAAGAUAUGUACACACACACACACACACACACACACACACACACACACACACACACACACACAUGUGAGAGAAAGAAGUAUAUAUAUAUGUACAUAUAAAUACAUAUAUACAGCAUAUAUCUUUUACUUUUCUCAAAGAAAAUGUGUACAUUAUCAAAAGCGCCUUUCUACCCUGCCAUGGAACCGAUUCAAUGGUAAGGUGCGGUGUACGAAUUUACUACUGUAUAAACUCUGAUUAAGAUUGUUCUGACUUAGCACUUUGUAUAUAUUAUUCUCUGUCUCAAACAAGGCGUAUUCCAGAGACCGUGUAACACGUUUUUUUAUUUUAAGAUGUUAGUCUCCGGUUUUCUUUCAAGGACUCAGUUGGGUCUUCGUGCUCUUCGCGGUACGCGCAACAAACUACUUGCGUCUACUCUUCUACACUUGGUGCUAUAUAAAGGGUGGCGUCUCGGGGGCGAAAACACAGAAUCGUCGUCGAGGCUCGACGCUCUAUCCCGAUUCGAGUGCACGGAAGUACACGGAAAUUAUGCAGAAGGCCUAAAGUAGAACUCGUCAUAGGCAAACAUGAACAACACUAACUGUAGUAUCCCGUACUAUGGAAUAAUAAAGAAGUGUUCCAGUAGCGUCGCUGCCCUUAGACCUUAGUGCACGCAGCAUUGUAGACCGGUAGCCAAUCUUUAGGAACGAGCAACGGUGAUUAGACAAUCUUGUUUAUUUAUGUUUUUGUUUUUUUUGUUUACAUUUGAAAUUCUGUGCUUGCUUUGCUGUCCAUCUUCAACCAGAGAGAUGAAGGCAACGUAAGCUCUGCAUGAAGGUCUAUUUUUUUAUUAUUAUUAUUAUUUUUAUUAUUUUUAUUUUUAUUUUUUAGUUUUGUAAUAAGAACCACAAAGUCAGUCUCGAGCCAUUUCCCUUUUUUUUUAAAUUUAAUUUUAUAUAUUUUUUGCUAAUUCAGACGCCAGCAGCAUUGAUUAGUUUGAGCUUCUAGAGCUUCGAACCAGGGUGGAACCCCUUUGUGUCCAAUAACACGUGGAUUACCAGUGCAAUAGUUUGCAGAACUUAAAUUUAAAAAAAAAAAAACCCCGAUAUAUAUAUAUAUAUAUAUUUACUCCUGUAUUUAAGAACUAUAACACUGAACUUAAUGUGUUUUCUCUACGUCGAUUUUAACGAUAAAUAUUUCAUGUAUGCAGCAGAGAUAAAGCUGAGAAAUAGAAGAAGAAGAAGAGUUCAUUAGUUUAAUAAGAGCGAUAUUAAAAUGCUGGAAUGCUGUGCCAUGUCACUUCGUGGGAUUCAUGAUCGAUUUAUUUCCAUUUAGACUUCCUUUCAGUGUAAGAGCGAUUAAAUCGGUCUCCCCGUCCCCCAGGGUUUAAUUUAGAUCACGUAUACAAAUGCAGGACUCGUACACUUGCCGUGCGCAGUUUUUCCUUCAGGUUCAUCAUAAGACAAUACAGAGUCGUGACGGGUUUAUUGGGUUUAAUCGACGGCUCGGUCACGUCCGAAUAGACAAGCACACACAGCCUUAGUUAUGCCGUGCACACGUUGGCUUCUCAAACACCGGUCGUCUCACCUUUACAACGGUUUCUCCGUGUCUAUUUUCAUCCCUCACUUUUAUUAACUUUUAAUAGAGUUUAAUAAGGAGGUGCAACACGUUUCCCUCUCAGACACUUUAACCAAUGCAGAUAGGACCAAAUCGAGCCGACGUAAGCUGCUAGUGUCAUUUUUUUAAACACUAAACUGUUCUGAUUCUAUUGGAGCGUUACAGCUGAUGGAUGCUUUCAAGAUUUUUUUUUUUUGGUUUUUGGUAGGAAUUUAAAAAAAUAAAUAAAUAAAUUGUUGCUUCAGAUUAUUUCAGUGGUUUUGGUCUGAUAUAAUUAGUGCAGACAUAAUGGGGCGAUUCGUCCUUUAUAGUUUAGUAAUGUUUCUACCUGCAGUUUAUUUCCAUUCGUUCAGUCACUGUGGGGGGAAAAAAAAAAUAUAUAUAUAAAAUAAAACAAAAACGCAUCAAUAUAUUAUGUCUAUUUCCGCCGUGGUGGCCUGAGAUGGAUACGGCAUAUCGAUAUACCGAUACGGUUCUAUCGGUGCAUCUCUGUGGCUAGUCAAUAAUCUAAGCUUAGCUGUAGCUUUAUUUCUGCAAGAGCAACCCUGUUUUUGUCCAAUCUGUGCACUGAUGAUACCAUUUUGAAGAAUUCCAGCAAGCAGUAUUGCAUGAUGACGAUGACACUGAUGCAUGCACAUAACUAUGCAAGUGAAUGUUGCUUUAAAACAAAACAAAACAAAAAAACAACAACUAGGUUUUUGUGUUUCUAAAUGUCAGUAGUGCAAAGCAUGAAUUGCUUUUUUUAUUUAUUUUGGCACAUUAUUUUGUUGUUUCGGGAUAAAGUACUAACUGAUCGUUAAGCGUUUUUUUCGCCCACAUUCUUUCAAAUAUUCCAAAAAGAGAAAUGAUAAACAAAUAUAAAUGUUUAUUAUUAUUAUUAUUAUUAUUAUUAUUAUUAUUAUUAUUAUUAUUUUUGCAGAGUAUUUUUUUCUACAUGUGUAUAAUUGAUCUUAUAUUUUGUAUGUUGAAUGUUGUACCACUAACAAACGCACACACACACACACACACACACACACACACACACACACACACACACACACACACACUCAUCGUUGUUGCCAUUAUUUUUUUUUUCUAACACACUAAUUUGUUGUAUAAAGUCUUUCAUGUUGUACCAAGUCAUAUGGCAGCACAUUUAGAAAGCCACUCGCGCCAAAAAAAACCCCAGGAGCUUUUUCCAAGUGCGGCCGUGAUUCCUGCGGCGAAUCUGUGGACAUUUGAAAUGAAAUUGUAUUAGAAGUUUUCUCGAUUUGCAAAUAACAGGGUUGUAAAGUUCAGCGUAGAUUCGUUUCUAAUCCGAGGGCCGUAUAUGAUUAUAAUUAGGGCUGAAUGGAAUAUCUUAGCUCACUACGGGGAUUUUAGUGCUCCGUGUUUACUUUUAUUUUAUUACGGCUACAAAACCACAGAAAAGGAAGGGGAAAAAAUGUCAUUUUUUUUUUUUUUUUUUUUCCAAGAUCUGCUUCCUUUCAGUCGAUACUUUCAACGUACUAAUAAAGUGUUUCAUGCCGUAAUCUACUACAGUAUCGAUAUUCAUCAGCCCUGGUUGAAAUUAUUAGCUACUAUGAAUAUUAUUGUACGGUGUAGACACUGGAGUUAUCAUUCUAUAGAAAGGCUGCAAACAGCAUCGGCAUGUAAUCUACACCAAUUAAUUAAUUAAUUAAUUAAUACCCGAUACACGUUUCGGCUCAGAGAACCUUGAGGUUUUUUAUUUUUAUUGUGUUUUUUUUUCUUUUUUCUAUUAAAACCUUGCUUGUAAAAUGUCGACCAAAUGUUUUAGUAUUUCGGGGAAACUAAGAAGAAAAGAAAAAAGGACCGUGUUACUGUUUAGUUGCAUGAGAACGGCUCAGUGGCUUUGUUAAUUUAUUUGUUCAUUUUGUUUAAAUAUACAUUGUGUAAGCACUUUCCAGAAGAUUUUUAUCUACUACUACUUCUUUUUUUUUUUUUUUUUCUUUUUCUUUUUUUUUUUGAAGAUUACAUUUAUUUGAGGAGAUCAUUUGUAUCCAUGACAUUGGUUUGCCAAUGUAAGACAAAUGUAAUUAAAAGACAGGCCGACAUUAAGGGGUCUGGUGAGAUCUAA